ACGUCGGUUACGCGUAAAUUUUUUCGAAAAAAAUUUGAAAAUUGUGUUGAUCAAUGUGGGAGAAAAAUAUAAAAAGAUAAUCCAUUGUGCAAAAAGUACAAAUAAAAAAAAUCUUUUAAAAAUAUGCCUUCAACCGAAAGUUUGCGUAGUAAAUCCCAAUUUAUUGAUAAUCGAAUUGGAGUAUGAGUGAGUAAAUUCAUGUGAAUGCGAAUGGGAAGAGGAAUAGUGGAAAGAGUAGAAAUAUUCAGUAGAAGAGGCAUAUGUAGCAACAAAAGCUGAGUGUGAGAUUCCGAAGAGAAGAAAUUUAAAAUUAAUUUGCGAAAGUGAAUGAUUGUUUUUGUUGUAUUCAAAGUAAAUUGGAGUUAUUGAACGUUUCGAAAGUGUGAAAAUUAAUGAAAUUAGUGUACAAACAACAUACCAUUGUGCAAUUUAGUGAAAUACAACAUUUCGGUCGGUGUAAACUAUAAAUAAGCUGCCUAAUAUAAUAUAUGAGCAUAACAACAAUAAAAAAAUGAAAAGCGCCUAUUGAGGUCAUACAUUGCAAAGAGGCGUGUGGUAAAGGUAUCGUUUGUUGACCAACAUAGCAAGAAUAACAUUUAAACAGCUGCUCCGCUUGCUAUUAGAGUAGAAUACUUGCAAAAGUGCAUAGGCACCGCAUUGCACCCCUCGCUUUCCUGUGCGCGUCCUUGCAUACGCAUACGUAUCGAUAAUAUUCAUACUCCCCGCAGUGGGCAGGUGUGCUAUUACAUAUGUUACCCCUAUAAUUUAUUUCCGCCAGUGGUGGUUUGCUGUUGUAAACUUUAUAAUAAAUUUAAUAUAACAACUUCGCAUAUAUAAUUAAUCAUUUAUGGUUAAAAACCAACAGCAUAUAAAAUAUGAAAGUGAAAAGGUGGAAAUUUUAAUAACUACCAAGUGUCGAGUGCAUAAAAUUAAAAUUCCUUAUCGGCAUUGUGACACGAAGUGCAUUAGCUCUCAGAAUUAACGCACACAUCUUGCAAACUUGUCAUCGCGCUGCAGCAGGCAGCUUCAUUCAGUAAAAUUAUAAUAAAUACCAUUACUAAAAUAAAAACAAAACAAAUUAAGUUGACGUGUUACGGUAUUUUAUGUGUACAAUUAGUAAAGCAUACAAUUACGGGCAUACAUAAGUUAAAGGAAAACUAGAAAAAUUCGAUAUGAACACUCAAGCUAUAUAAUAAAGCAUUUGAUGCGAAGCUACCACAGCCCCAAAGUCAAAAGCGUAAAAGCGUGAAAAUCCAAAGAGCGUAGCCUAAUAGCGGCAAGGGCAUAGAGUGUGAGUUAAAGUAGCAGGCAGCCACCACAGCCGCAACAUUUUUUAGGUGUGUGUGCUCCACUCACCUACUUUCGCGCAUGUUGUUGCUGUUGUCAGUACUAGUGCCUCCUCCAGCUCGCACCACCACCACCCUUAAAUUGCUGUUAUAUACCCAUUAGCUUCCAAUAGCAGCGUUCUUGUCGCAUGUUUCGUGCCUCUCCGUUUUUUCCAUCGUCGUGUUUAUCAACACUUCGGCUCUCGCGUUGCGUUUCGUUAACUCUCGCUGAUUUUCUGGCUCUUGUCCGGUGUUAUAGCAAAUCAACAAAAAAAUUUAAUUAAAUCAAAUAAAGUGAAGUUAAAUCGUUUGUGCUCGUCAGCAUUAAAUUUUCGUUGUGCUAAUAAUAAUAAUAAUAAUAAUAGAGAAAUUAUCUGAGAAAUUAACAUGUGCAUUUAGAAAAUAAAAGGCUAAUCGAAAAAGUAGCCAAUCUCUUCAAAAGGUAUUUAUUAGCUUCGUGCUAGUGGCAAAGGUUCGUGCAGCUCUACGUUUGUAGGUGUGUGAAAAAAGUGUGAGAAUCGUUUUCGUGUUUUAAUUCUUUGCAGUUCAAAAUUUUUUAUUGAUCGCCGAUGACAAAGUUAUGUAUGUAUGUAUUGUGAUAGUGCGUUCAUUUACGAAAUUCGUGUAAAUUUGCUUGCCAACACUCGUCACCACCGCUUCAACACCUGCGAUGCCACUGUUAUGUGAAUAUGAGGCGAUUGGCGAGUGAAUCAAAACAAUUAUUGCGUAAACAGAAACCUUUUUGUGUCGUCUUAUUCAAACGGUAAUUUGUGCAUACAGAAUGGCUGCCGCCAGUGCUGGCCAACAAUUGCACCAGCAGCAGCAACAACAACAGCAACAACAACAACAUCUACAACAACAGCAUCAGGAAUUAAAUGUGAUUGCGUUGCGACAGCCUUUUCAGCAAUCAAUGAAACACCAGCAACAACAACAACAACAACAUGCACUGACAUUGCAACAACAAUUGGUGCCGCAGCUGCAACCCCAGCACCAGCAGCAGCAACAGCAAAUGCAACAACACAUACAGCUGCAGUUGCAACAUUUGAAUAAUGGCCAACAACAAUUGCUGCAGCAGCAGCAGCAACAACAACAACAGCUACGUGCUACAAAAUUUACUACGCGCAUCGCUUCCAACUCACAGCUUUUUGCUCAACAGCAGCAGCAGCAACAUUUGCAGCAACAACAACAAACACUACAUCAGCAGCAGCAGCAGCAGCAAUUGCAGCUGCAACGGCAGCAGCAACAGCAAAGUCAACAACACGCUCAGCCUCAAACUUUGCCAGCUGGUAUGGUAAAUGGCGCCGCGUUAUUUGCUGCUAGCAGCAAUGCAACACGCGGCACCCAGUCACUGAAUAUGUAUCAGCAGCCACUUAAUAAUGCCACAAUGCAGCAGCAACAACAGCAGCCAUUGCAACACCACACACAACAGCAGCAACAAGUGCUGAAAAUGAAUCAUAAUGUGGUGGCAGCGCCACCCACAAUCGCCUCACGCCAACACGUGGCCAUGAGCAAUGCCGCCGCUGCCUCGGCCGCUGCUGCGCCCGUCGCCAACAAUGUGAGCGUUGGAGCUGCUGCUGCCGCAACCACGGCCACUACCACAGUCUCCAGCGUAGCGCAGCCGUGCGCCGCCAGCGUUGCCAAUGCUAAUUUAGCGCCAGGUUGGCGUAGACAACAGGCCAACAACAACGAGAUCAUCUACAUAAGGUGA